CUUUAUAAUAUUAAUGGAUAGAGAAGGCGAUACUCUUCAGAGUGUCUUCAGAACAGGCUUUUUAAUUCUGCUGUUCGAGUUCUGAGGAACGAUCAUGCUAACAGUAUUCCAAAGGAUGAUCCCUGGGCUCGGGUUCGUCUUUGCAUACUGGUGGAUCGUGGUAAUCUGUGAGAAUAUCUCUGGAAGUCACUUCAACCCAGCAGUCACACUUACCUUCAUGCUCAGGAAGGAUAAAGGGAGAUUCCACUGGCCUCUUGGCUUCGCUUAUAUUAUUGUCCAGUUUAUAGGUGCUUUCUGUGGAGCCCUCAUCGCAUACUUGUUUACUAAGGAUGGAGGAAUGCUAGGAAUCGGGGAGAAAUACAAUGAUGAUAGCUAUAUUUUUCAAGCUGUACUCUCAGAGACCUUUGGAAGCUUCUUGUACAUCUUUGUAUUUCUAAUCCAGACAGAAAAAUCUACAAAGUGUUCUCAAGACUUGGCUCUAUGGUCUCUCGUCAUUGCUGCAGCACUUGGAUCUGUGAUAACUUAUAAUGGAUUUGUCACUGGUUCUAUGAACCCUGCUUAUUGAUUCGGAGUUGCAAUGACCAUGAUUAUGAAUGGAAGAGGUAACCACAUAAAAUUCAUCUGGAUUUUCCUAAUAUUUCCAUUUGUCGGUGGCAUCCUGUCUCUCCUAUUCUAUGAAUUUGUUUAUAAGAAAACCCAAGUGAUGGUAGAGGAGGACUAUCAGCAUAGAACAACUAGAAGGCAAGGAAGGCUCUUGGAAGACGAAUAAAGCCACCUCUCUUGGAGUUUAGUC